AUGGCCUCCGUUGUCACCACUCGCCCCUUCAGGCCCCUCCCCGUCCCUCAGGCCCUUGGAUUCGGAUUGAAGGCGCGAUAUACUCCUGUUGAAAAUGUCCCGACUCUAUUCGAUCACAAAUUCCUCGUCGACCGCUACAGCCCCAAACGGGCCGCUGUGACAGAUUAUUAUUCGAGACUUGCACCAGACGUCCUUCGAUGGCGCGUCAUCUCCAAUGCCAGCGCCAAAAAGGUCCCCAAGGCCGUGCUGCGUAACCGACUCAAGCGAAGAUGGGCCAGUGCCUUUGCAGAAGCUCUGAAGAGAGCUGGAUACUACCAUAACGGAAGGAAGCGUUCCGGGCCCAAGGAUGGCAAAAAUUACAUCCCCGGCCUCAAGGGUACUCUUGAAAUCCUGGUCUACUCCGAACGGGGCAUCACCUGUCCUCACGGCGAGCUUGUCGGUGCAUGUGGUGCCCUACUGAAAUCCCUACAACGAAAGAAACAGCACAUGGAAAAUGCGAGGUACGACUCUGCGCCAGAAAAGAAGUCUGGAGAGGAUUCAGCGGAAACCGACAGCACUGAGGAUGUGCCAGCCUCCUUGUGGUCACUCUGGGGGGGCAAGCUCUUCUGA